AUGUCUGACCUCAAUUUUAACAUUGACAAUCUUUCUCGUUCGCUCAUUGCAAAGGCCUCAGCGGCCGGUCGGCCAUCGUCAGCCACAGAGCAGAGGGCUGCAUCGGUGACCUUGGACACGGAAUCGCCAACAGAUCAGUACCUCACCACAACUCAUCUGACUCAACUGCUCAACCCUCUUUUUGACUCGCGUGAUCAUGUCUCGGUGCUGGAGAUUCGACCCGGCCCGAAGAGCAUCCUCCACUAUCUCUCCCCGCGUCUGAGACGGAAGGUCUGGCGAUACACUGCAAUCGAACCGGAAGAUUCGUCUGCUACAAUAUUAGAAGAAUGGCUUCACUCCACAUCCAAGACGGAGUCUCCUCUACCUUGCCUCGAAACUCCGCCCAACAUCCGUCAAAUUUCCCUUGACAUGGCUUUCCCUACAUUGACCGGUGCCAUGCCGGUUGCAUAUAAUAGCAAGGAGAGGUUUGACAUCAUCUUUUUCUCUCAUGGGACACACUCCGUGCUUCGCUUUGCGUCCAUGCAAUGGACAGUGCAAAUGCUCGCGAAGCGGCCUGAGGGUGGAAUGGUAGUGAUGAUCCAUGACGGUACGCUGCCUAUGUAUGUGACCGGAUUGGUGUGCCAUAAAACAGCUUCUCUCCCUGCCAGAACUUUCCGCGUGGUAAAUGACGAUGCAGUGCUGAAUCGCCUUAACUCUUUCAACACAUCGUCCCGCCUCUCAAACAGGCGGCGGAAUUUCUGCCGCAGCGUGGGCCGGGGCGAGAAAGAAGACUCGGAUUAUCUAUUGGUCAAUAUGCCUACAAUCACGACGGUCUUCCAAAAGCAUGCGAACUCGUUUGGUGAGCUGACAAGGCUCGUGCCCAUGUUGAACAAACCAUUGAAAGAUCGAGUGGCCUGCCUCAAUCAUUCUCCCUUGAUUGUUAAACCACGGAACAUCCAACAUGUUCAGCAUUGCGUUAGAUGGGCCUCGAAGCACGGUGCUGGCCUGACACUCAUUGGUGGGGGCCACAGUGGCCACUGCAUACGGCCUCACGUCGCCUCAGCUGGCACUGAAGACUCGAGACCUGAUUCUGGGUCUGUGGUAGUCGCUGGCGGGGGUUGCAAGACAGGUGAUAUCAUCAAGAAGACUAUGAUGGCGGGCUUGACAGUGCCCUUGGGGUCACGACCGAGCGUGGGAGCUGGACUGUGGCUGCAGGGCGGUAUCGGGCAUCUGGCUCGGUUGUACGGGCUUGCAUGCGAUGCCAUUGUCGGCGCUGUACUGGUUAGCGUUGACUCAAGCCAGAUACUCUGCGUAGGCAAUGUGCCGAUUCAGCACAGGCCCGCUGGUGCCGUCCGCCCGGAAAACGAAUCCGAUAUACUGUGGGCAAUAAAAGGCGCCGGAACCAAUAUUGGCAUUAUAGUCAGCGUCACUUUCAAGGCUUUCGUGGCUCCGGCCUAUUCGGUGCGAAACUGGGCCAUCCCGUUAACUGACCGUGUUGAGGCGCGACAGAAGCUCGUCGAAUUUGAUCAGUUUGCGAGCAAACUUCCUCGUAAUUGCACUGCAGAUGCGUAUCUGUACAUGGACAUGGACCAGCUGCAUCUUGGCGUGACCAUAUUUGAGGCUUGUAUCACUGAUCCUACGCAUGAACUACCAUACCCCAUGCCGAACUGCACAUUCCUAGGGUCUGAACAUGAUAUCAAAGACGUCGACAGUGUCGGGCUGUUUGACACCGACAUGUAUAUAACCAAGAUUCAUGGUGGACAUCGCAGCGGCAAGAAUUAUUCCUUCAAGCGGUGUUUAUUCUUGAAGCAAAUUGGACAAGCCGAUGUCACUGACAUCUUGCUGACGGCCAUGGAGACUCGUCCCACACCACUCUGCUAUGUCCAGCUGUUGCAAGGUGGCGGAGCUGUCAAUGAUGUGGCGGCUGAUGCCACUGCUUUUGGCUGUCGAGAUUGGGACUUUGCAUGCAUGAUAAGUGGUGUAUGGCCCCGCGAAGAUGAGGUCGAAGUGGCCGGAGCUGUCGAGAGAUGGGUAUACGAUGUCGCCAAAGACUUGUUGCCCUUGAGUAGUGGAUCUUACAGCACAGAUCUGGGACCAGACCCUAGGGACUCCGCGCUGGCAGCUAAGGCAUUUGGUUUGAACUGGCUGCGUCUGGCCCAUAUCAAGCACAGCUUAGAUUCGCACAGCGUUUUGGCCUACGCCUGCCCACUCCCAAAAGCACCUCAGCAUAAGCUCAUCAUUCUGAUCACGGGCGAAAGCUGUGCCGGGAAAGACUAUUGCGCCAGGAUCUGGGCCUCUGUAUUCACCCACGGAAGCUUCACGGUGCGCACAGUGAGCAUUAGCGAUGCGACGAAGCGAGCAUAUGCCGCAGCUACUGGUGCAGAUCUGAACCUGCUUCUGUCAGACCGUGCUUACAAAGAACAGCACCGGCCAGCAUUGACAGAAUUCUUCCGGGGUCAAGCGCGGGCUCGACCUCAGCUGCCAGAGGAGCAUUUUCUGGGUGUGGUGUACGGGGCAGUAGACUUGGAUGUGUUGCUGAUCACCGGAAUGAGAGAUCAGACGCCAGUCGCAGCCUUUUCGCAUUUGGUGCCAGGUACUAGACUGAUUGAUGUGCGCAUUGAGGCUAGCGAAGAGACACGGCAGGCUCGUCGAGGAUGCCAGGGCCGUCAGCAAGAACGCAAGGACAAGACAGACAGCGGCGAGGGCACGUCGAAUCCAGCCGCCUUGGAAUAUUGCCCCAGUCUCAUUUUCGAGAAUGACACUCUCGGAGACGAAGCAGUGAGAGAAUUUGGCGAACAACACCUGCUUCCCCUCGUCGACGAGAACCUGCAGCGACUGGCAAACAUGGUCCGCAAGGUACACGACUUUCCCAUCCCGGCCAUUGACUUCCGCCAUGUGCUGGGCAUUUCGCAGCAGCCGGGUGAAUUUGCGUUGUGUACAUCCCUUCUGCAAUCUCAUUUCACCGGUGACUGGGCGAAAGUUGGUGCGAUAGCGUGUUGCGAAGCCGGUAGCUUUGUGUAUGGGUCGGCGCUGGCCAUGCAAGUCGACGUACCUUUGGCACUGAUCCGCGAAGGUGGCAAGCUCCCCCCACCGACUGUUUCUGCCCCCAAAUCUACUUCGCAUAUCUCGUCUAUGGCGCCUAGAGAAUCAUCCUGUGACUCGAGUGAGAAGCGGCUCGAGAUAGAGCAAGCUUUGAUUCCCGAGGGCGCGUUGGUGGUGGUGGUGGACGAUGUGCCUGCCACAGGGAGGACACUUUGUGCGGUGCUGGACCUUUUGGUCGAAGCCGGCAUACGUGCUAAGGACGUGAGCGUUAUGGUUGUGGCGGAGUUCCCAGUUCACCGAGGCCGGGAGUUGUUGCGCCAGCGUGGUUUUAGUAAUGUCAACAUCCAAAGCCUUUUAAUUUUUGAUGGUGCUUAGAAGGGAGGAGCUUGAGAUGUUGGGCUUUGAUUGUACUUGGGUUGAUGUUGU